UAUUGCUAAGUAUUGCUUGAGCUUCGUUGAUGAAGAAAGUCGCCAUCUAGUAGCAACUUGUACAAGCUCCUCUGCUCAUAUCUCCUGCAUAGACAUGGGCGCUCUUGCAUCGCCAGCAGACAAUCUUGCUUCGCUAGCACUGACACAUGUAUACUACGACCCAGACUCCUCGUUUGGCCUGCUCUCUGCCUUUCUAGCACUCAUCCCACAAGCUCUCCUGGUUGCCUAUGCGACGGCUCUUUACUGUCGCAGGGAAGCAGAGAUUGCUUGGCUAUUCGCCGGACAACUUGCGUGCGAAGCGCUGAAUUGGAUCUCAAAGCGUGCCAUCAAGCAAGACCGUCCUCAACAUGUGAUUGGAAUUGGGAAAGGAUAUGGUAUGCCGAGCAGUCAUGCGCAGUUCAUGGGUUUCUUUUGCGUUUAUGCAUCGUGCAUCCUGCUUCUUCGGCACCGACAGAGACUUGCCACGACUGAUAUCCAGCGAUGGCGAGAUUGGAUACACGGAAUACGUGCAGGGACUGUUGUGUCUGUUAGCUUUGCAGUGUGUCUCAGUCGUAUCUAUCUCGCCUACCAUACCGUUGCACAAGUCUUGGUCGGUGUGGGUAUCGGCAUGGUCUUUGGCGGUAUCUGGUUCAUGGUGUAUGAGCAACUCAAGCAAGCUGGCGUUGUUCGAUGGCUUUGUGAGACACAAGUUGCUGCUGUCUUUCUUGUGCGCGAUACGGAGUAUGAGACGGAGGUUGAGCAGGAGUGGCAGCGUUGGCGACAAGCAAUACAGGCCGAGGUCCAUGGCAGGAAGAAGAAGAGGUAGCAAUCAGAGUCACAUCGUGCACAAGGGUUUAGUAUAUGC